AUGGUGAAAGACUUAAGAGACUAGUCUCUAAACAGUCUCUCUUUUGCUUGGUCAAAAUAAAAUAAAUAUAAUUUAUAAGGAAUUCAAAAUGAUACAUUUUUUUUUGAAUUUCAGAGGAUUGGAUCAGCUCCAUUUAGCUGUUCUUCAUCCAAGAAAACUAGCUGUGUAUAGUGUGUCAGUUAUUUCAGGAGCUGUCGAGCAUGGAAAUCACUACACCCUUAAACUGAUGUAUGAACACAUUUUGGAAAGAACAGCUUACAAUAUGACAUAUGGACCUUUUGGUGGUGUCAAAAGUAAGGAUUUCAUUUGCAUUCAGUCCAUGGAUGGCAUGUUGUCGUUCUUUGAACAAGAGAGUUUUGCUUUUGGAAGAUUUCUUCCUGGUUUUCUGUUACCUGGUCCCUUGAGUUAUAUUGGAAAGACUGAUUCAUUCCUGACAUGUAGUUCAUCAAGAGUGGUGGAAUCAUACAAAUACCAGACUCUAGCUGUUGCUACUGACGCUAAUACAAAAGAGGACAUUGGAAAUAAAAAAGUCUCAGGAAAAAAAUUAACGAUGGACUGGACAGCAAAUAUUGGAGAGCAUGCAAUAGACAUAGUUGUUUUCAGUAGUACAUAUGCACCAAUUUCAAUAUUUGUCUUAGGUGAGCGCUCACUGUUCUGUCUCAAUGAUAAUGGAUCAGUGAGAUUCAUGAAAAAAUUUGAAUACAAUCCCAGUUGUUUUAUCCCAUAUGCUUCAGUGGUUGAAGGGAGUGUAAAUGCUCUGAUUGCAACCUUCAACAAAACUUUGAUGAUUUACCAAGAUGUUGCACUAGCGUGGGCUGCACAGCUUCCCCACAUCCCUGUUUCUGUCAAAGUAGCAUCAUUUCAAGAACUACAAGGUGUAAUAGUGACCCUUGAUGAUACAGGCUAUGUACACUGUGCGUAUCUGGGAACCGAUCCCUCAAUGAUGGUGACGCCAGCUCCUGAAGCUAGGGAUAUUAAUUAUGAGGAGGCUGAUGUUGAAAUGAAAGAGCUGCAAAAAGAAAUCAAGGAGUCUACAAUUAGUUCAGAACUUUUACCGCGAGCACAACAAAAAGAAGACCUUCUCAUAUCUGUGCAUAUACCAACAAGCCUAGAUUCUGUGUCACAAAGUACAAUUGAUGAUGGUGACGAGUCAUUCCCAUCAAUCACAGUCACGGUCACUCUCAAGUCUCAAGCUCCAAGUCCGAUAGAAAAUGUUGUCCUUAGUGUCAUUUCCAGUCCCCCCAUCAUGUGCAACAGGUCAUCGAUAGUCUUCCCCAUAAUCGGAGACAGAAGUGAACCCGUGUCUGCCGAGAUUUCAUUUUAUUCUCGUGGUGGUUCCAUUCCUUGUUCGUUAAAAGCUCAAGUCACAGCCACAUACGUUACAAACUCCGAAGCUCCGCGUGUCGCCCAAGCUGAUAUACACUUUCCAUUAGCGGUGGUCUGUAAGGGUUGUCAACCAGUGAAAAAUGCUAAUCAUAAGUUAACCGUAGAUACCAACAAACCCCCUGUGAACCUGGCUGAAAUAUUUCCUGAUAUGGUAAACGAUGCUGUAAUUCCAAUGGCAGCAGUUGGUAUCCAGUACUUUUCUGGACCGGUUGUCACUAUCCUCGCUUCAAAAACAUCACAGAGAUACAGAAUCCAGUGUGAUGUGUUUCAGGGAAUGUGGCUCAUUCUGCACGAGCUUUGCAAGCGGCUAGACACGCACUUCAAGAAAAACAAGGAGUCUGUUCAGUUCCGUGCUUCUUUCAUGGGCCCGUUACCGCUCCAGGAGUAUUACGAACUCAUAGAUGCACACUUUGAGCAACGUCGUAACCAGGCAAAAUAUCGCGAGCUGUUAACACAGCGGGCUCAACAGUUUCGAGCAAUCCAGAGAAGAUUGUUGACAAGAUUCAAGGACAAGACCCCGGCACCACUUGCGAACCUCGACACACUGUUGGAUGGGACUUACAGACAGGGCUGGGAAGAAAUUACAGACGCCGCCAUUACGCACCUAUUGCGGACCUGUCUAGCGAAAAGUGCUAAAGAUCAAGCGGUUGGUGUUUCUGCCAUGAAGAUUCCUCCAGACACUAGCAAACUAAAGAAACACAUCGCAUUGAUGUGUGAUCGCCUUAACAAAGGCGGCAAGCUUGAUUUGUCGAUGUCGUCACAGACUGGGGAACCCCCUGUCCAACAGCAACAACAGAAGGCAGUCAUGCCCCUGGAACCCCUGAGCGAGAUUCAGGAGGAAGAGGACGAGACAGAUAGCUCAUCCGCGCCCUCCACAGCCGACGUUGACCGCUCGUCCGAGAUCUCCGACACGGAGUCCUUGUCAAGUGGCGGAAAACUACCGCAGCGCUUACCGCAACUGAACCACUCCAGGAAACCUCUUCCAGAUUUGAACAAGAGGGUGCUGGUGACACCUGGGUCUGAAGAGGAAAGUAUGGUACUCAAGGGAAUUGGGGCGGCUUCCGUGACGAAUGGUUUGCCCGAAGAUCACGAAAGAGCGUUGUAACGCAGCUUAGUUACUCUUCGGAUUGUCACGCAACGUAACAGUCAUUUUUUGUCUUAGUUGUCACCCAGAAUUACGCAGUUGUCACACAACGUCGCACAGUCAAUCCUCGAAACGUCGCUUCAAGAGUUGUCACGUAACGUUGCGUAACGCACUAAGAAACAGUUUUGACGUAGUAAUAAUAUUGAUGUUUCUUCUCAUAAUUCUUCUCAUAAUCAUUAUAGCCAUUUUACCUUCACAUUCGUAUCCGGAAACCAUUCAUGAUGCAAGCAGUGUGUGUGACAUGAUAUUCUGUCAUACUCAUCUCGAUCCUUUGGUAUUCUUAAAAGUUUUUGUCAUCAUGCCCCGUGCUGCCAAUUCUUAUGGAGUAAAUUUGUUUUUAUCCUUACAAUAAUUAAUUUAAAUGUAUCAUGAAUUGGUAAGAUAUUUCCUGGCAUGUAAUAUUUCUCUGGUCAAAGAGCUCUUUCAGACAUAGUGUAGCUCACGAUUACGGUGACCAAAUAAUUUUGUGUAAAAAGAUUAAGUCAAGAUAAAGUGUGCUUCAAAUUGAUGUUAGGUGUUCGAAAAAUAACUUAAUGUACAGCUAAUGUAAUACAUGAUUGUACAGCGUCGUAUAAGACAUGAAAUGUGUCUGUAUUGUAAAGUUGUAGAAUGUUGUACUAUACGAGUUUCACCUCAUCUCAAUAGUUAUAAUCCACUGGGUUUUCAAUUAUCAGCGUAGACUGUUCACAGCCCUCUAUUUUCUCGGAUUUUAUUCGAUCGUUGAACGCGCAGAUAGAAUCGCGAGAGAACUGGAAGCCAGCGCAAAACGCAAGACUUGACUGGGUAGGGGGUGGAGACCAACUCACCCCUCACCCCCGCGUGUUUCGUGCGUGCUACGCUCGCUUUUUCUUUCGCGUGCGUAAAUAGAGAGGCUGAGAACAGUCUAUUCCCAGCGAUUCUCUGACUUUCAAGUUAGUCGACUCUCAAGUUAGUUGUUCUAUUUCCGUCUUAAUCUUCCUCGAUCGUAAACCAUACCUGUUUUCUUUCGCUUUAUUUAACUUUGUAAUCUUAUUUUUUUGUUGUUUUUCUACCGUGGAAGUUUAUGAUUUCUAGUACAGUUUGAAAGCAAUUUUGUAAAUAAGAAAAACCACUCUGAGUAUUGUGACAUGCUGUAGCUUUCAAGUUUUGUCAUUGCGCUCACGAAUCCCGUAGUUAAACAUAAUUGCGCUCCAAAUGGACCAUUUGUAGAAAAAAUACGCCUCGCCGCUCAAUUUAUCCUGCAGAAUUUAAGAAAUAUGCGAAGUUUCGUAAGAAUCCGUUGCAAACUUACGUAAAUAUGGCCCUUUAUGGGGACCCCAAACGUGUCAAUUUUUACAAAAGAAAAUGUUGGCUUGGAGGCAAGCGCUACCCCUGGCAUUUCUUUGUGGAAACCGGCAAGCUUGGGGUCCCAUGUCUCCAUGCGUUUGUAAGGGAUUCUUGUGAAACUUCGCAUAUGUUCUAAAUUCAGCAUGAUAAAUUAACCUAUGGAGGUGAUUUUUUGUGUAUAUGAAAAAUACGAAAAAUUGUUGAUAUUGCGUGACAUCUUCAAAAUGGCCAUUGGCAAGCCGCUUGGACUGUUUUAUUGUUAGAUAUUUAUAGAACUCGGAUGUCUCGAUAAAUUAAAGACAGUUACAAAUGUU